AGACACAUGGAAAACAAACCCACCAGACACCAUAGGUAGUGCCAUGAGAUUCUACUAGAGAAGAAAGCAGAAAUCAGAGGGAAGCAUCCAAAAUGCAAAAUCCAGAUUCACCACCACCACCACCACCAAACCAUUGGCCUUCACUUUCAAGUUUCAAUCUCAGAGAUUCAAAACCAAAACCCAUCCUCCUCCUCCUUUACACCUUCCUUGUCAUCUCCCUUCUCUCCCUCACUUUCAUCCUCUCUCUCUCCUCCUCCUCUUCUUCAUCAUCUUCCCCACAUUCCCAACCCGACCCGUUUCUCCACCCGACCCACCGCAUCAUCUACGACCAGGACAAAGCCACCCCUCCUCCUCCCUCCAUCGCCUACCUCAUUUCCGGGUCACAAGGCGAUUCGGGUCGGAUCCUCCGGUUACUCUCCGCCGUCUACCACCCAUUGAACCACUACCUCCUCCACCUCGACCCUUCUGCUCCUCACACCGAUCGUGAAAAGCUGGCCCUCACUGUUCAGUCCAACCCCAUUUUCAAAGCUGCCCAGAAUGUCCAUGUCAUGGGAAAACCCGAUUUUGCAUACCCGAAAGGCUCUUCACCCGUUUCCUUCACCCUUCAUGCUGCUUCCAUUCUGCUUCGGUUGUCCCUCAAAUGGGAUUGGUUUGUUACUCUCAGUGCUGAUGCUUACCCUCUCGUUACCCAAGAUGAUCUUCUCCACAUUAUGUCAUUUCUGCCUAAAGAUAUGAACUUUGUGAACCAUUCAAGCUAUAUUGGAUGGAAAGAGUUGAGGAAGUUGAAACCCAUUAUUGUUGAUCCUGGUCUAUAUCUUUCUGAAGGGACUGAAAUGUUUUAUGCUACACAGAAGAGGGAACUCCCCAGUGCUUACCGUUUGUUUACAGGUUCAUCUUUUUUUAUCUUAACUCGCAGUUUCAUGGAGUUCUGCAUCUUGGGAACAGACAACCUCCCAAGGACUCUACUGAUGUAUUUUGCAAACACUCCUUCUUCACUGUCCAGCUACUUCCCUACAGUUAUCUGCAACUCGCGCCAGUUCAACAGGACAGUGAUGAAUCAUAACUUAUUACAUGCUAUUUAUGAAACCCGCAGAAACUAUCUUCGGCCACUCAAUUCCACUGAUUUUGAUGACAUGAUUCGCAGCGGAGCUGCCUUUGCUCAGAAGUUCCAGCCAGAUGAUCCUGUGCUUGAUCUCAUCGACCUAAAAAUCUUGGGCCGAAGUCCUAGAUCUGUUGUUCCUGGUGGAUGGUGCUUAGGUGAGCCUGGAAACAGCACAUGUUUAACAUGGGGUGAUGCUAAGAUCUUGAGACCUGGCACAGGCUCUCAACGUCUCGAGAAAGCCAUUGUUGAAUUUCUAUCAAACGGCACUUUUCGAUCUCAUCAAUGUACAUAUGAAUGAUGAUUGAUUUGACUCUAGCAACAUGUCACACAAUGUAACAGAAACACACCGUGAAAGAAACUCGAAGGGCCUGGUGGGAGAACUUUAAGAACCAACAGCUUGGCAUUUGCCUUAUCUAUUGGAAACUCUGUAUAUGGGAUUUUUUUGGGUGGUGAGUAUUGAUUCUGUUAACAAAAUUAAUAGUAUGUUUGAAUUAUAGCUUCUUUUUCAUCAGAACCAAUUCUGGUACCUAGAAGCUACUUAGAGAAGCUUCUUCUGAAUUUUGAUUUUGGCUCUAAUAUCAGUUGUACGAUUUCCAAACAUGCACUUAGUUUUGCGAAUUCUGAUUGGCUGUGGAAGUUAGUGUAACUUGUAUGUUCAAAUUUGGUGCUAUCUGUUGCCUUAGAGAUGUUUACUUCAUCCUUGUAUGCUGAAAAGUGAAUCAAACAUAAUCUAGGUGGGAAUUCUUUCUAA